UGGGCGGGGCAGGAGUUGAAAUUCCAAAGACUGAGCCUCCACGAAGAAACGGAGAACUGCUUUUUGAUUUCCUUCGUGGGUAGUUUUAAGACAAUAUUUUUUAAAAAUGUUACAAUUUGGGUACGUUUCCGUUGUUCAAACAGUAGGAGAAACCGAGUGACGGCUGGCUGCGCGCGCAGGGGAAAAAAGCGCCCCCCACGGACUCAUUUUUUGCGCAUGUGCAAUGGCGACACGAAGCACUCUCCACCCGACUCAGCCUCCACUUCCUUCCUCCCGUGAGGCCAGCGUGGGUGUGGGCCGGAGCUUCCUUUCUGUGACAGGCAGAGCGACCAAACUUAACCGAACUAAGCGGCGGCGGCGGCGGCGAGAGGAUGGCGAAGCACACGGUUUCCUCCGCGCGCUUCCGCCGGGUGGACGUGGACGAGUACGACGAGAAUAAGUUCGUGGAUGAGGAGGAUGGUGGCGACGGCCAGGUCGGUCCCGACGAGGGCGAGGUGGACUCCUGUCUGAGGCAAGGGAACAUGACAGCUGCUUUGCAGGCAGCUUUGAAGAAUCCUCCAAUUAACACCAAGAGUCAAGCAGUAAAGGAUCGUGCAGAAAGCAUUGUUCUGAAGGUUCUCAUCUCUUUCAAAGCCAGUGACAUUGAAAAGGCUGUACAGUCUUUGGACAAGAAUGGGGUUGACCUCUUAAUGAAAUACAUCUAUAAGGGCUUUGAGAGCCCAUCUGAUAACAGCAGUGCUGUCUUACUGCAGUGGCAUGAAAAGGCUCUUGCUGCUGGGGGUGUAGGCUCCAUUGUCCGUGUCUUAACUGCCAGGAAAACAGUUUAAGUCCAGCAGGAAGUGCCCUUCUGCUACAGGUGUGGGAAAUGCUGGUACAAAGACCAAAACAACCAAAUGCCAUCACUGCCCUGUGGGUAGCAUCUCUCUCUUUCUUUCUGUGUGUCUCCACUUGCCUUCUUGCUUUUCUUAUCAAUUAUGUAAUACGCAUAUCAGAUUUUUUUGUUAAAUAUUGGAUAAUUAUAGAGAUGCAGUUUUAUUUGUAAAAUGAGAUUUGGUAUUCUCAAAGCAUUUCAGUGACUCAUGUGCAGUGUUUGCCUAGGAUGAUUUGCAUUUUCAGAGAAUUAUGACAGAAUACUGCUGCCUUCCCCUUUCUUUGGCCAGGCCUGAAGAGGAUUGAGGUCUAUAUUGUUUGCAGAUCAGGCAGCAUUCCCUUACUAAUAAUGGAAACUGGACUUCAUGUUUCCUGAUCAAGUUCUGAUUGUACAUCAUCAAGCAAGGUUGUCCAAAAGGUCAGGUUAUUCCUCAGUGGGUGAAUGUAGUUCAGAAGGAUUUUUCACAAUGUUAUUUUGCAGUCCCUUCAUGAUGAAUCAAUAAGAGGAGAAAUGUCCUUCUUUCUGUGAUGAGCCAUCAAAAGAAGGAAAUGAAGCAAUUUUUUUCCUGGAAUUCAGUAUAGCAGUUACCUCUUAAUGAUCUAAUAUGUGCAUGUUAAAUGUUUUAGCACAGAACUACCUGUUGUACUUUAUUUGGGACUAUGUAAAAUGCAUCCCUGUGCCAGGUUUUCCUCUGUUACAAUGCGUAGGAUAUCUUACACCUGUACCUUGACAUCAUAACUUUGGGUGUUUUCCUGCUCCCACUCUCCAUUGGAUGCAGGUGUGACGGUGAGAGAGAGGACAAGUAACCCUCGGGGGAGGGAGGGGAGGUUUGAUUAGGGUUCUGGUUUUGGUAGAAACUACAUAUUGAAUGUAAUGUGUAGUUUGGCCUUAAGAUUCAUAAAUCAGUGUUGAGGUAAUGGAGACCUAAAAAAGCUUGACGUCUGUUCCUAAGAGGGUCAUGAUCCUUGUUGUAUCAUAGGAGAAAGUAUUGACCAAGAAAAAAAAUUAAGUGCUUAUAAGUUAAAAAGUGUGACUUUUCAGCAGACCUUGUGCAUUCCAGACCUGGAAACAGCUUGAAUAUGAAUUACUUAGGAGUGAAGCUGACUGGUAUGUUUCAUGUAUACUUAAAGCCAGUUCAUAUCUAAAAACUGGUAAGGAAUUCUGAAACCUUUGCUCAUUUUUUAUACCUGCUUUUUUUGUAAAAUGAGAAAAAUAAAAAAUGGUCACUGUUAA